AUGGGGCGCAAAUUCUUUGUCGGCGGCAAUUUCAAGAUGAACGGGACUAUUCAGUCCAUCAAAGACAUCGUUCACAACCUGUCAUCGGCGAAGCUUGACCCCAACACCGAAGUCGUUAUCUCCCCUCCAGCACUCUACCUCCUUCUCACCCGCGAGCAUCUCCGCGAAGGCCUCGAGGUUGCCGCCCAGAAUGUGUUUGACAAGCCCAAUGGUGCUUUCACUGGCGAGAUCUCUGUGCAACAGCUCAAGGAUAGCAAUAUCACCUGGACUAUUCUAGGCCACAGCGAGCGCCGUACCAUCUUGCAAGAGUCGGACGAUUUCGUGGCCAGCAAGACCAAGAACUCCCUUGAUGGUGGUGUUGGUGUCAUUCUGUGCUGCGGAGAGUCUCUCGAGCAGAGAGAGCAAGGUACCACGGUCCAGGUCGUGACCAAGCAGCUGGAUGCCGUUAACAAAGUCAUUGGCAAGGACGGCUGGUCCAAGGUCGUCAUUGCCUACGAACCCAUCUGGGCCAUCGGCACUGGCAAAGUUGCUACUACAGAGCAAGCACAGGAGGUCCACGCUGCGAUCCGCAAGUGGCUGAAAGAUUCCGUCUCGUCUGAGGCCGCCGACAACACCAGAAUUAUCUAUGGUGGUAGCGUCAGCGAGAAGAACUGCUGCGAUCUGUCCAAGCAGCCCGAUGUCGAUGGCUUCCUGGUUGGUGGUGCUAGCUUGAAGCCGGCUUUCGUCGACAUUAUCAACGCAAACCAGUCCAGCUAG